CCAAAAAGCAUUCAAUAUUCAUUAUCAGGCGAGAUAACAGUUGGCGAUACUCACUUCGCCAGCCAAAACAUUCGAGGGCCCCAUUGAGCAGAGCUCAGACGUUUGCGAGACUCCGAACCGAACAGAACUACAGAAAAACUUCGAUUAAAAACGGCUGUGGCAACAGAACCGAAAGAAAUCUUUGGGCAAAUAUUUGCCAAUUAAGAACCGUCGACGGCGCGUGUGUCUGUGUGAAGUGGGGGUGACGUGAAAUUGGCCAGGCCGAAUAAAACCAGCCAUGUCCGAAUUUGUGCGGCAACAUGGCGAGUAUGUGUGGGUAAGGCCGCAGAAUACAACCAGUGAAUUUGCGGUGCCAUUUGGGGCUCGCAUUGUGCGAACGGAGAAAACGCAGACCCUAGUUUGCGAUGAUCGGAACAAACAGUUCUGGGUGCCAGCAGGAGAUGUCCUGAAGGCCAUGCAUAUUACCUCCCAGGAGGGUGUGGAGGAUAUGAUCACAUUGGGAGACUUACAAGAGUAUACCAUACUGAGGAACCUGCAGAAUCGCUAUGCCAAGCAGUUAAUCUAUACGUAUACUGGUUCUAUGUUGGUGGCCAUCAAUCCCUACCAGAUUCUGCCCAUCUACACGAAUCGGGAAAUUCAGCUGUACAGGAAUAAGUCCCUAGCUGAACUACCUCCUCACAUUUUCGCCAUUAGCGACAAUGCCUUUCAAAGACUGCAAAGACUUAAGGAAAAUCAGUGUGUGGUUAUUAGUGGAGAGUCGGGUGCCGGGAAGACAGAGAGCACCAAAUUGAUACUGCAGUACCUGGCCGCAAUUAGUGGUAAACACUCCUGGAUCGAGCAGCAAAUUAUAGAGGCCAAUCCCAUUAUGGAGGCCUUUGGAAAUGCCAAGACGGUGCGAAAUGACAACUCAUCAAGAUUCGGAAAGUACAUCGAGAUUAGAUUCACACCAGAGGGCGCCAUUCAGGGAGCGAGAAUCCAGCAGUAUCUUCUGGAAAAAUCCCGAAUUGUUUUUCAGAGUCGUGAUGAACGCAAUUAUCACAUUUUCUACUGCAUGCUGGCGGGACUUUCGGGUCCAGAGAGAGAGCGUCUAAAGCUGCAGGAGCAGUCUCCCAGUCAAUAUCAUUAUUUGGCCCAAGGUGGAUGCUUCACUUUGCCCGGAAAGGGAGAUGCCAAGGACUUUGCCGACAUUCGGGCAGCCAUGAAGGUACUUUCAUUUAAGCCAGAGGAGGUGUGGAGCAUUCUAAGCCUACUGGCGGCCAUCUUGCACCUGGGUAACCUGAGAUUCACAGCCAUUGAGGUGGCCAACUUGGAAGCAGCUGAGAUAGACGACACACCAAAUCUGCAGAGAGUGGCUCAGUUAUUGGGAAUACCCAUAGCUCCCCUAAACGCUGCUCUCACCCAAAGAACGAUCUUUGUGCAUGGUGAACAUGUGACCACCAGUUUGUCCAAGGAAGCUGCUCUCGAAGGACGCGAUGCCUUUGUAAAGUCCCUAUACGAUGGCAUUUUUGUGCGAAUUGUCCGAAGGAUCAAUGAGACUAUAAAUAAGCAGGUGGAUCGGCCCAUGAAUAGCAUAGGAGUUCUGGAUAUCUUUGGAUUCGAGAACUUUGACAACAACAGCUUUGAGCAACUGUGCAUCAACUAUGCCAAUGAGAAUCUUCAGCAGUUUUUCGUGGGACACAUCUUCAAGAUGGAGCAGGAUGAGUACCAGAACGAGCACAUCAACUGGCAGCACAUUGAGUUCCAGGAUAAUCAGCAAAUCCUUGACCUGAUUGGCAUGAAACCCAUGAAUUUGAUGUCUCUGAUUGACGAGGAGUCCAAGUUUCCCAAGGGAACUGAUCAAACUCUGCUCGAAAAGCUUCAUGUCCAGCAUGGUAAUAGAUCAAUUUACGUCAAGGGAAAAACUACCCAGACAUCGCUUUUUGGUAUUCGUCAUUAUGCCGGCGUGGUAAUGUACAAUCCGUUGGGCUUCCUCGAAAAGAAUCGCGAUUCUUUCAGCAGUGAUCUGAGGACUCUGGUUCAGCGAUCCGCAAAUAAGUAUCUGGUUGAUAUAUUCCCACACGAAAUGCCCAUGGAUACGGCCAAGAAGCAGCCCACUUUGUGCGUGAAAUUCAGAAACUCUUUGGACAUGCUGAUGCGCACUUUGUCGCAGGCACAUCCCUACUUUAUACGAUGCAUCAAACCAAAUGAAUUCAAGGAACCAAAGAACUUCGAUAAGGAGCUGUGUGUGCGACAAUUGCGCUACUCGGGAAUGAUGGAAACCGCUCGCAUUCGAAGGGCGGGCUACCCGAUCCGCCACGCCUACCGUGCCUUCGUGGAGAGAUACCGCCUAUUGGUGCCACCUGUGGGACCUCUGGAAGAGUGUGACUGCCGGAAGGUGGCACGGGAAAUUUGCGAGGCUGCUCUACCCGCCGAUUCCGAUCGCCAGUACGGAAAAACCAAGCUUUUCUUGAGGGACGAGGAUGAUGCCAGUCUAGAACUGCAAAGGUCUCAGCUGAUGCUCAAGAGCAUUGUAACCAUUCAGCGAGGCAUCAGGAGGGUUCUGUUCCGACGCUACAUGAAGAGGUAUCGGGAGGCCAUCAUUACGGUUCAGAGAUAUUGGCGGGGUCGCCUGCAACGUCGUAAGUACCAGAUAAUGCGGCAGGGAUUCCAUCGCUUGGGAGCCUGUAUAGCAGCUCAGCAGUUGACCACCAAGUUCACGAUGAUCCGAUGUCGGACUAUAAAGCUACAGGCCUUGAGUCGGGGUUAUCUGGUACGCAAGGAUUUCCAGCAGAAGUUGCUGGAGAAACGAAAGCAGCAGCAGCUGAAGAAGGAGGAGCUACGCAAGCUGGUCAAGAUUAAGGAGGCCGAGGAGUUUCUGCGAUUGAAGCAACUGAAGGAGCAGAAGGAGAAGGAGCAAAGGGACCUAGAGGAGAAGCGGUUGAAGGAGGAGCAGAGGCUCAAGGCGGAGGCAGCCACCCGAAAUGCCCUGGCCAUGGCUGCAGUGCAGCAACCUAUGAGAACCAGGUCCCUAAAGAAAGAGGCUCCUAAGGCUCCGACCCUUCAGGCCCGUAUGUCCCUGCCACCAGCACCCACCACCCUGAUAGCAGCCGCCCCACUGGCAGCUCGACCCGCCAGUGCCGCCAACCGAAUAAACACCAUACCCGAGAGCCCAGGAACCAUUGAUGUUGAGUCCUCCAAACAGAUGGUGGACGACGUGUUCCGGUUCCUCAAUGAUGAGCCCGAUGCUGCCUUGAGGAAACUUAAUAACAUUUCUUCUGGCGAUACAAUACGCCUACCUAAGCCAGUACCAAAUAAUAUCGACACUUCAGACUUUAGUUAUUUGAAGUAUGCGGCGACUUACUUCUGCGGUGGAGCCACGCCCCAGCAUGAAAGAAAUCCCCUGAAAAAAUCCCUAUUAAAGCAUGAGCUUCCUGUAGAUGAAAUGGCCUCCAAGGCCAUUUGGUUGACUAUCCUUCGCUUUAUGGGCGAUAUGAUGGAUAUCCCCACCUCGCCUUCUUUUCACUCGUACGACAAUGAAAACCUUAUGAGUGACUUGUCAAGCCUCCUAAAUUCCUCUGGCUCUUAUAAGCCCCGAUUAUUUGUGCGUCAAACCCAAAGACGCCCCGUAAAAUUUAUGGGAAAAGAUCAGAAGGAAGCCGAGGAAUUCUAUCAGCACUGGCUCAACAUUCCCAGUAGUCACCUAGACAAACUGCAUUUUAUUAUAGGACAUGGGAUACUUAAGGAAAACUUAAGAGAUGAAAUCCUGGCUCAAAUCUGCAAGCAGCUAUAUCUUAACCCUAGUAGGAGCUCCUAUUCCCGUGGAUGGUUACUACUUUCACUUUGCCUGAGCUGUUUUCCACCCAGCAGCGACUUUGAGCCACAUUUGCGUAGUUUUAUGAAGCAGGGAACUGCCCAACUGCAGGCCGCUCCUUCCCUGCAGCGUUUGGAGAGAACUCUAUUGAAUGGAUCCCGCUGUCAGCCACCAAGCCUAUUUGAACUUCAAGCCAUCCGAAGUCGUCAGCCCCUCAAGUUGGACAUUCACCUGAUGGAUGGUCAUCAGAGGAGGUUGCAGGUGGAUGCGGCCAGCACAGCUCGAGAGGCAGUGCAUCAACUGUGUCAGGGGUUGGGACUGACCGAUACAUUUGGCUUUGGACUGGUGAUGUCACUGAACGGGAAACUAAUGCCACUGGGAGCUGGUCAGGAGCAUAUACUAGAUGCCAUUUCGGAGUGUGAGCAACGUCAGCUGGACGCCCCUUGGAAGCUCUACCUCCGCAAGGAAAUGUUUGCCACCUGGUAUGAUCCAUCGGUGGAUCCGAAGGCCACUCAGCUCAUCUACAAGCAAAUCCUGAACGGCUUGAAGUGCGGAGAGUAUCGUUGUCGUUCCGAGAAAGACAUAGCUAUGGUGUGCGCCCUGGCCUGCUUUAUAGAACACGGACCCGGGGAGAUCCUUCGGCUGAAACCCUCGGAAAUUACUGCAUUUGUGCCAAGCGAUCUCCUGGCUCCCGGCGAGCGAGCUAUUGAGAACUGGAGUCGCCUAAUCGCCGUCACAUAUGAGAAGAGCUCUUAUGUAAGGGAAGAACAGAAGGACCUACUUUUGGAGGCUCAGAAGAGGGCCAAGGAGGACAUCUGCCUGUUUGCCCACCUGACUUGGCCCAUGAGGCACUCUCGACUCUUUGAAGUAGUUCACAAGAAGGGACCAAAACUCCAGAGUGAUGAACUGAUGCUGGGAAUCAAUUCCACUGGUCUUUUCCUUAUAGACGAAACCGAACAGGUGCUGGCCUCCUGUAGUUUCGGCGAGCUGCUAAAAGUUAGUUUGGAAGCUAAUGAUGAACUGCAUGUGAUGACCUUCCAACACGUCAAUUUUGUGCUGCAGAGCAGUACAGCUCAGGACGCCAACGAGGUGAUAAACUACAUGCUAGAUAAUCUGCGUCAGCGUUCGAGCUACGGAGUGGCUAUUGAUCAGGUCUCAGAGGGAGAUCAAGAGGAUUUCUUGGCACUAUCCCCCGGUGACCUCAUCGAAUUCGAGGCAGGUGUAACAGGUGCCCAAUUACUAAAAGGCAAUCCCCAAGACUGCUACAGGGGUUUUGUCAAUGGGCAUUGGGGUCAGUUUGCUGCUGGAAAUGUUCGCAUUUUGGCCACCCUCACCAAACCAAGCGAAAAACUUCAAGAUAUUUUAAAGGAGGGCAGAUUCGAGGAACCGCCGAAACCAAAACCAAGAGCCAAUCACUCACGACGUCGUCAACACAAUAUCUCUCAGCUGGCUGAGACACAAUUCAGGGAGCCAUUAGAUUCCGACAAGGCUUCCCUCUCAAAGUUUUCGCCUGAGCCACUGAAGGCUCCUCUGCUUAAAGCUGUAGUUAAGGUGCCGCCACUUUUUCAACAAGCAUUGGUUAUUCAUCAUCACAUUCUUAAGUACAUGGGCGACAUAGCAAGGAACAAUCUGCCGGUUAACACGGACCUCAUCUUCCAGCCCGCCCUGCAGCAUCCGCUCCUGUGUGAUGAGCUGUACUGCCAGCUGAUGAAGCAGCUGACCGAUAACCCUUCGAUUGAAAGCGAGAAGCGGGGCUGGGACCUGCUUUACUUGGCCACCGGGCUGGUGGCUCCCAGCGUCCUGGUUAUGAGGGAGCUGAUCAUCCUGCUGCGCAUGCGUGCAGAUGCCCUAGCAGAUGCCUGUCUCAAGCGUUUAAAGCGAUCCCUGGCCCAGGGACAACGGAAACAGGCUCCACAUCUCAUCGAGGUUGAGGGAAUUCAGCAGCGCUGCCUGCACAUCUACCACAAGAUAUAUUUCCCCGAUGAUACAGUUGAAGCCUUCGAGAUCGAAUCGCACACCCGGGGAGCAGAGCUCAUAGCGGACAUAGCCCAUCGGUUGGAGCUCAAGUCGGCGGUGGGCUAUAGUAUUUUCUUGAAGACAGGCGAUAGAGUUUAUGCCAUGCCAGAGGAGGAUUUUGUAUUUGAUUUCAUCACCCAACUAAUCUACUGGCUAAGGCAGCAAAAGACCGUACGCUCUAUCUCAGACGGCCACUACCAGCUGCACUUUAUGCGGAAGUUGUGGCUCAACAAUCUUCCAGGAGAGGACCCGAAUGGAGAUGUGAUCUUCAGCUAUCCCCAAGAGCUGCACAAGUACUUGAAGGGCUACUAUCCCAUCGAUUGCGAGCAGGCCUCGCUUCUCGCCGGUCUUGUGUACAGUGCGGAUCAUGACGUUAGCUUGCAGAGGCUGCCGGAAGUGCUGCCACGUUUAGUACCAGAGGAUUUGAUACCCCUUCAAACUGUGGCUGAGUGGAGGCAACAAAUCAUGCCAAAACUCCAUCGCGACCAUUUGACUGAGGAUGAUGCCAAGCUACUAUUCCUUCAGGAACUCUCGCAUUUCUCUUGUUUCGGUUCCACUUUCUUUGUGGUGAAGCAGCAAAACGACGAUACCCUUCCGGAAACGUUGUUAGUCGCCAUCAACAGUUCGGGAUUCCAUCUUCUGGAUCCUCAAACCAAAGAGAUCCUUCGCAGCUACGAGUACUCCCAAUUGGGCAUUUGGAGUUCGGGCAAAAACCACUUCCACAUUCGGUUCGGCAACAUGAUCGGAGCCUCGAAGCUGCUGUGCAGCACCACUCAAGGUUACAAAAUGGACGACUUGCUGGCCUCUUACGUGAGGUAUUUUAAUGAAAAUGUGUAAACGACGUGCUCGUUACCAAAAUAAAACGUAUUCU